ACUAUUUAGUUGCUAAAUAAAUUACUACUAAUUAUUACUUAGGAGUUAGUUGUAAGUUACUAGUAAAAUUAUGAGUUGUAGUUAGCAACUAAACUAGUACUACAAGAUGCUGGGCUUUUUAAUGGUUCAGUAGCAAUCUUCAACUUACUUCUAGUACAAGAGAAGUACCCAUUGAUUUAUCAGAACCUUCUUUUUAGUCGUUGUUGAAGAGUUAGCUCAACAAGCACAAAAAAUGUGGUCUCCUCCUGGAGGAGGUGCGUUUGGAGGUGGUGGAGGACCGCGUGCUUCUAUGGCAAGCAGUUCCACAGCACCUGGACCUGCGAGAGGGAUGCUUGGUGGUGGCCCCGCCGUUCAGCCAGCACGGCUCUCACCCUUGGGUCAGGCAGUUAUGGCUGAGGUGAAGAUGGCCCAGUUGCAGUACGGCAAGGUCCUAGACUUGUGUUGGGAACGGUGCUGUGCUUCAUCAGAUGGGAGCGAUUCAUCUACUUCAGCAACAUCCAGUGACAUCCAGCUUGCACCCUUAGAAAAUAGUUGUGUAGACCAUUGCUUGCACAAGUUCUACGAAUUGGCAAGCGUAGUCGCGAUGGAGUCAGCGGCACAGGCGAAAGAAAUGACUGAAUGGCGAACAUCAACAAAGAUAGCACUUGGGGCAAUUGGAACUGCCGGAUUGCUGGGUUUUCUCUACAUCCUUUUCCGAGAUGAACAGGAGGAGAAAGAAGAGGAAGAGGUGGAAAUAGGCCAAACUGGUGGGAGCAGGAGGACGUCGUGGGGACGGUAAUCAUAAAUCCUGGACAGCGCAGGAAUAAAAGCUUCCAGCUCACCAUCUUGAGUGAAAAGAUAAUUUUGUUCCGAUACAGCAUCCCCAUCCCCAGGAGCAGAGUGCGCUCAACAGGUGGUAACCAAAACACUAGUACCUCAAAUCCCCCUUGUAUCCUCACUCAGAGAUUUUGAGACUGAUUCUUCUCUUUAGCACUCUUUUGCUAUCUUACAGCGCCAUUCGACUCAGAGAUCGUACAGAUACUACG